GAAGCCAAGAGAAAACGCUAUCAGUGUAUCCAAAAGAUAAAACGUAUUGGUUUAUCUCUUACAGAGAAGAAAUACAGAAUUGUUGAAAGAUGAAGCUUUAUUUCAUUCUAUUUGAACAUGCAGCCGGAUAUGCCAUAUUUCGCGUUAAAGAAUUUGAAGAGAUUGGGAUGCUGUUACCGCAAGUGGAAGAAUCGAUAACAGAUCUAUCACGUUUUCAUGGUGUUGUAAGGCUUGUUGGAUUUUCACCUUUCAAGACAGCAACGUCUGCUUUGCUAAAUAUCAACAGUGUUUCCGAAGGAAUUAUGACAGAUGACCUGAGGCUUUUCAUAGAUUCUAGCUUUGGUGAAUUUACCAAAUCGGAUAUUGUUCUUGGUGUAGCAGAUCCUAAACUUGGAGCUAAUAUCACUGAAACUUUGGGUAUCAAGUGCGACCAUGUCAAUAUUGUUCCUGAAAUCACGAGGGGAAUAAGAUUCCACUUUCAUAAUUUAGUGAAAGGUUUACUUCCGAGUUUUACUUCUGAGAACUCUAUACGUUCACAACUAGGUCUUGGGCACAGUUACUCGAGAGCAAAAGUUAAGUUCAAUGUAAACCGAGUAGACAACAUGAUCAUCCAAAGUAUAGCCUUACUUGAUCAACUGGACAAGGAUAUCAACACAUUUAGCAUGCGUAUGCGAGAAUGGUACAGUUAUCACUAUCCAGAACUUGCAAAAAUAGUUCCAGAGAAUUAUACAUACGCGAGAGUUGCACAAAUAAUAAAAGACAGAAAGCAACUAACGGAUGAAAAGAUAAAAAUGUUAGAAGAAGUUGUUAUGGACAGUUCAAGAACAGAAGCUAUUAUUAACGCGGCCAAGUCGUCCAUGGGAAUGGACAUAAGUCCAGUUGAUUUAAUGAACGUUGAGAUUUUUGCUGGACGUGUUGUUGCAUUGGUCGAAUAUAGGAAAAAGAUGGCUGAUUAUUUAACGCGAAAAAUGGCAGGAGUAGCACCGAAUUUAGCUACUUUAAUCGGAGAUCAAGUCGGCGCCAGAUUAAUAGCACAUGCUGGAUCGCUUACUAAUUUAGCAAAAGCACCAGCGUCUACCGUUCAAAUAUUGGGAGCCGAAAAAGCUUUGUUCAGAGCAUUGAAAAGCCGUGGAAAGUCGAAUACUCCAAAAUAUGGAUUAUUGUUCCACUCUACAUUUAUCGGUCGUGCCGGCACUAGAAAUAAGGGUAGAAUUGCAAGAUACCUGGCAAAUAAAUGUUCUAUUGCUUCUAGAAUCGAUUGUUUCGCGGAAAUACCAACGAAGAUAUUUGGUGAAAAAUUACGGCAACAGGUAGAAGACAGACUAGACUUCUUCACAACUGGCAAGGAACCGAAGAAAAAUCUGGACGUGAUGAAAGAAGCACUGGAGGAAACGGCACAUGUGUUGGGAAUAAGUUACAUGAUUGACCCUGAGGAUCUAGCACUAACUGGUAUCAAGUUUGUCGAGGUCAAAACUCCUGAUAAAGCUAGCGGUAGCAUCGCGAAUUUGGCAGCGACAUAA